AUGAGCACCCCCCGACUCAUCAUCAUCACGCGCAACCCCAAGGACACCGCCGUCUCCCUCUUUCACCACAUGCGCAACAAGAAAUCCUUUGAUUUCGAAGGCACAUGGGACGAUUUUUUCGCCAUGAUGAAGCAGGAAACCGUCGAGAGCAGCAACUUCUUCAAGUGGCAUGCACCCUAUUGGAAGGCUUAUCGGGAGGGCCGCAUCAACGCCCUAUGGCUGCACUACGAAUGGGUCACGGAGCAUUUGGAGGAAGCCGUGGCCAAGGUGGCCGCCUUUGUCGACAAAGAUUUGCCCUCGGAAACCGUGAAGAAGAUUGCCUCGGCCUGCACGCUCGACUCGAUGAAGGCCAACCCCAAAGCCGAUUGCUCUUGGAUCUCUGGCAAACAAGGCGAUGCCAAGCACUUGCGCAAGGGCGGCAAGGGCGGAUGGAUGGAUGUGUUUACCAAUGAACAAAACCAGGAGAUGAACGGCUGGAUCCAGACCUGGGCUACCCUUAUGCCCGAUCUCGACUGGGACUAUGGCGUGUAGAUGUCACCUACUUGCUCCAAUUGUACCCAGUUUCUGGUU